CCGGGCGGGCGGCGCGGCCUCAGGAUGAAGUGUAAGCCCAACCAGACGCGCACCUACGACCCCGAGGGCUUCAAGAAGCGGGCGGCGUGCCUGUGCUUCCGCAGCGAGCGCGAGGACGAGGUGCUGCUGGUGAGCAGCAGUCGGUACCCAGACCGCUGGAUCGUGCCGGGCGGAGGCUUGGAGCCCGAGGAGGAGCCCGGCAGCGCGGCGGUGCGCGAGGUGUACGAGGAGGCGGGGGUCAAGGGGAACUUGGGGCGGCUACUGGGCGUCUUCGAACAGAGCCACGAGCCCAAGCACCGAACGUACGUGUUCGUCCUGACGGUCACCGAGCUGCUGGAAGACUGGGAAGACUCCGUCAGCAUCGGCAGGAAGCGGCAGUGGUUCCGAGUCGAAGAGGCCAUCAGGGUGCUCCAGUGCCACAAGCCCGUGCACGCCGAAUACCUGGAGAAACUGCAGCUGGGCGGUUCCCAAGGCAAUGGCCUCUCCACCGCCUCGUCUCCGCCGGAUAGCCAGUCCUAUCUAGAUUCUUCUGAUGGAACACUUCAUCUCUGAGGAAGACUGAGAAAACGCCUACUUUGUGACAAGAAGAUGAAGAGAGAAUAUCUUUUUACAAGCUUGGUAACAUCUUAAGACUAUUCAACAGAUGAUAAAGUAUAAAAUGGACAAUAAAUAUAACUUAACUGUUUUGUUAUUUCACAAAUUACCCUUUUAGUAAGAAUACAGUGGUCUAAUGUAAUGCUGUUAUUUUGUAAACUUUGGUGCUGCUGCAGUUUUCAAAUAAGGUCCUUGCCAUAUAUAAAUACAGCUUUAUGAAGUCCAUAUUAUAGUUAACAAAAAGUAAACUGAUGCUGUCAAAGAAUGAAUAGAUUAGAAAAUGAGUACGUUUUUAAGACCAAUUAUACAAUUUCAUUACAAAUUUUGCAGAAUGAUAAAAUGUCGCUGUACAAAAUGAUUUCUUUGUACAGAAAUAAUGUCAUCUUUUUAAAUGCCACAAAUUUACCUUUUCUAUCUGAAUAUUCCAAAUGAGCUCACAGGUAGCCUCAGUAACUUGGAAUUCUUUAAAAUAUACAUUAGCAAGAGGGAAAUGGGAUUAUUGUAUUAGAUUUUAUUUCAUACAUAAAAUUGAAUCCAAAAUGCUGACACAAAUACCAGGGAGAUUUAACUCACAUGUAACAUAUUUCCAAGUGGAAAUUCAAGAUCUUACUUCUGAACUAUGUGCUGGAAAAAAAUGUGAAAAGUAACUGUUGAAGUUAACUAACUGUCCAGAGUUGUCUGUCUGUAAAUCUUUUGCUGUCUAUUGUUCAGAAUUUGCUUCAGUGCUCACAUGUCUUCUAUUCACGCAGUUAGUAAAACUUCCAAGGCUUCGCGCCCCCCCCCCACGCCCUCCACCUAUUAAAACAGAUCAUGAUUCAGUUACUACUCUUCAAGUUAAAAUGUCAAAGUCACAUAGGUAAUGCUUGCCGAAUAUGAUCCUUGAGUUCAGUUUAGAAAAAUAGAAGAGUCCAAGUAUAUUCACCUUAAAAAAUAAUUUUUUAAAGUCCAAGUAAAUAAACUGCUGGUGUCUAUAACCACCAUCUUCCAAAAGUUUGAUGCGCCGUUGGGAUUUCCUCUUUAUAAUCAUUACAUAGCACUUACCCAUUAUUUAUGUAAUGAUUACACUAAAAUUGUGUAGCUGGCUUUUUCCAACCACUACCCCAUAAAACAAGGUAAAUAAAAAGAAACUGCACUGAUCAAAGCUAAUUAAGGCUUUCAAGUAUGAAGUAGAAUUUUUCUCAUCCAUGUUUUAUAAAAGCCUGGUUUUUAUCUCCAACUUGACAAGUGCUUAUUCCUAUCCUAAAAAUGUUUUAAAGGAGACAUGCUGGAAUAAAGGUAAUAUUGGUAUUCUUGAUACACGUUUACUUUAGAUAGCUAAUGUAUAUUAUUUUCUAAGAAAUCAAUGUUCUGUUGAUCAGAUCAUUGUUAUCUCUGAAAGGGGGUGGGAAGUGGCUAUAAAUAUUUUGAAUUCUUUUGUAUGGUUUCACUAGAAUUACUGUAAAGAUUUCAACAUUUUUGUAUUUUGAAACAGCAAGUAAAAGUGUUUAGAAAAUAUAUAAGUGUGAGCAGGAAGAGACAUUUUAAAAUGUGACAGCAAUAUUAGAGGACUUUUCUGAGGGUCUUAGCCUCAUUUAAAGGACUCUAAGCAGGGACUUCUCUUUCUCUCACUUAUUGUGGAAUCAUAAGAGCAGCGAUUCUCUUAUCAAUAACUGAGAGUGGGGGCUGAAAGUGCUAUUUGAUAGCCUACAAUACUAACAGGUGGGCUGAGCUUUCCUUUUCAGUGUUUCUUUUGUAGACUUCACCAGACAACACAAGAAAUCCUGCUGGUAUUGUAAUCAUCUUUCUGAAUGACUGUUGGUCUAUGACAAUAAACUGUUUAAGGACCUGAACCCAGAGCGAAUCUUCUCCAUAUCCCCAAAGCCCGAAACAGUAAUGGAAUUUGGAGACACUGAUCAAGAAUAUCUACUGCUAGUGUAUUCCUGAGUUCUUAGUUUCUUAAAAUACCUGGAAUUAUGUGUUUUUCUCUCUCAGGCUUGGAUCUGAUUUUGCAGUGAAACAGCAAUGGAUAAUUCACCGAAGGAUUUUCCAGUGAAAAGUGGUUGAUGAAUAUAGUUGGUUCUAGAAAAAUAUUUGUUCAUUAGAGGAAUUAAUAUGCCAAUAAAAUAUUUUUAAAGUGAAGUGAAAA